CCAGGAAUGGGCGGGUAUCCAGGAAUGGGUGGAUAUCCAGGAGGUGGCUUCGGAGGAGGUGGAGGUGGUUUUGGAUUCGGUGGUGGUGGUGGUGGAAUGUAUCCAGGAUAUGGAUUCGGAUGUGGACGUUUUCCCUGUUAUGGAAUGUAUCCGAGCUAUGGAAGAUACCCAUCGUAUGGAGGCUACAAUACUGCACAGGCACAGGCAUCUUCAUAUGGAGGCCAAAGUAGUGCCAGUGCAAGCGCGUCAUCAAUGUAUAAUUGGGCAUCAUUAUUUGGAUGAUCUCUUCAUUUUAUUGUU